AUGUAUGAUAAUCUUGGAGCACAGCCUGGAGGGCCUCGAUUACCGAAUGUACAGCCGAAUGUCCCAAAUCCUUUUGGAAAUUCCUUCUAUGGCGCGAGUUCAGGUUUCAUCAAAGGCGGUCUUGGUGCAUAUGGAGAGAAGAUAUUAGGAUCCAGCUCCGAAUAUGUGCAGAGCAAUAUCAGCAGGUACUUCUCUGACCCUCAGUACUAUUUCCAAGUGAACGAUCAUUAUGUGAAGAAUAAACUGAAGGUCGUUCUUUUCCCAUUUCUGCACAGGGGGCAUUGGACAAGAAUCAGUGAGCCGGUUGGUGGCAGGCUCUCCUACAAGCCACCAAUUUAUGAUAUAAAUGCUCCAGACUUGUACAUUCCUUUUAUGGCAUUUGGGACCUAUCUGGUUCUUGCUGGCCUGUCAUUAGGCCUACAUGGGAAAUUUAGCCCUGAAGCUCUAAACUGGCUGUUUGUAAAGGGGCUGGUCGGCUGGACCUUCCAAGUGGCCCUUCUCAAAAUGACAAUAUUCUCCCUGGGUGGCGGUGAGGCUCCUCUGCUCGAGAUGGUGGCAUACGCCGGCUAUACAUUCGCGGGUCUGUCUCUAGCUGUUUUGGGCAAAAUAUUCUGGGGAUACGCGUAUUAUUUUCUGCUACCUUGGACUUGCUUGUGCAUGGGUAUUUUCCUGGUGAAGACAAUGAAGCGGGUUUUGUUUGCCGAAGUUCGGACAUUUGACUCGAGCAGACACCAUUACCUGCUUCUCUUUAUCGCCCUUGCGCAGUUUCCGCUCCUCAUUUGGCUCGGGAACAUCAGUCUAAACUGGCUUUUUUAG